GGUUGUAUCAACGAUUCAUUAAAUUUAAUGUGACAUUAACCCUAAUAAGUUAUUAAAUCCUUAAUGUGACAUUAGUUAAUGGAUUCAUUAAAUACCGUUGUAUAAAACCUUUAUUAAACUCACAUUAGUUAAUGUGACAUUAAUAUCUCAUUAAAUGACACCAAUCCCAUAAUGCAGCGUAAUGUUUACUUCUUGUCUAUUUACAUCGUCUGCAUAUCUUUUGUUUACGUGCUUUCAAUUAUAACGUACGAAAUGUCUGUCAACCAAAAAGAAAAAAGCAACAGAAAUCGUGGGAAAAAUUUCGACAGUAGUGAAAUUCAGCUUCUGACUGAGCUAGUGGAAAAAAAUAUAGCCAUUAUAAAUAGCAAAUUCAGCAACACACUGACGAAUGAAAAGAAGAAGGCUGUGUGGCAGAGCAUAACCGACCAAUUAAACGCUCUUGGUGUUGCUUGCAGAUCGGUUAAAGAGAUCAAAACAAAAUGGACCAACAUGCAUCAGUCUGCUAAACGUGAAUUUAGCGAUGCUAAAAUAAGCCAACGUAAGACAGGGGGUGGUCCGAUGGCAAAACCCUUGUCCGUGGUCAAUGAGAAAAUCGUGGAUUUAUUCAAGGACUCACCAUCCUUCAAUGGACUGUCAGGUUUCGAAACCCAGUCUUAUGGUGAUGGAAACAUGGAGUUAAUAGGUUCUCCUAAGACUGUGUCCCUCCUAUCUGAUUUGCUUAUACAUGUACCUCAACAUGACAAUAACGAACAAGUAUUAGAGGUUGACGUCAACCAUGUUCUCGUCACCAAGGACUCGGACGCAUCAUGUACUUCGCAGAAGACUGCAUUAGAACUUGAAACGGAAGAGCCAGCAUCUACAUCCCAAAGACCAGGCACUUCGGAAAGAGCAAGCGCUUGUACUACACAUCGCAAGAAGAUCAAGCCAGAGGAUGUGACUCGCAUGCAGUACGAGGUCUUGGUAAAGCAGAAGAACAAACUUGAGGAACAAACUCUGUACUACAAACUAAUGAACAAGAAACUUAAAAUGGAAUUGAAUUUGACAAAUGAGGAUUGAUAGUUAUUUAAUUGAACUAUAUGUCUCUCAUAUUUGGCCCAGGUUAGACUGUCAGUGCCAAAUUUUAAAUAUUUUCCUCCUUAAUUAUACCCAAGCAAAAAUCCCAGAUGCUGGAGUUUUCAAAAGCACGUACAUCUUAUAAUUAUUAAAAUGAUAUGAAUUAUUCAACAUUUGUUCAACUACUUGAGGAUCAUGUAGAAAUGAAACACAUUUUCCUUAUAUUGUCAUGUAUUUUGUACCUCAUCAAACAAGUGUUACAUGUCAAAAAUACUGCAUAUAUUGCAAUUAUAGUAACUCUCUCUCUCUCUCUCUCUCUCUCUCUCUCUCUCUCUCUCAC